AUUACUCUGUUCUCAUGCAUUAGCCUUAUUUAAACUCCACCAAUUCCUACCAUAAUUCAUCAUAUCCAACCAAAAAUCUUCUCUUUUUUUUUUCCAACAAACAACUAUGGUUGUUUUAUCUCAACGACUUGUAGAAAAUUUUUCACACAUUAAAACAUGCAAGCAUAAUAACACUAGUAGUGAUCAUGUUUACACUGGUAUUAUUCCAGUGAUAGACAUAGUAGACCCUGAAGCCAACAACUUUAUUAUAAAAGCUUGUCAAGAAUUUGGAUUCUUUAAGGUGGUGAAUCAUGGUGUCCCUAUUGAGACCAUUACCAAAUUAGAAAAUGAAACUGUCAACUUCUUCAACUUGUCCCAAAUUGAGAAAGACAAAGCUGGCCCUGCUAACCCUUUUGGCUAUGGUAACAAAAGAAUUGGCCCUAAGGGUGAUGUUGGUUGGGUUGAGUAUUUACUCUUCACAACUAAUCCUGAACUCACUCUCAACAGAUCCAUCCCUGGAAAUUCUCUUCUUUUUUGGGGACUUGUGAAAGAGUAUGUAAGUGCAAUGAGAAAUAUGGCAUGUGUGGUGCUAGAAAAGAUAGCAGAGGGAUUGAUGAUUGAACCAAAGAAUGUGCUAAGUAGGAUGCUAAGUGAUGAGAAAAGUGACUCAUGUUUUAGGCUAAAUCACUAUCCACCAUGCCCAGAGUUGCUUCAAGCAUUGAGUGGUAGGAAAUUAAUUGGUUUUGGUGAACACACAGACCCACAACUAAUAUCAGUUGGGAGAUCUAAUAACACAAGUGGCCUCCAAAUCUCUCUCAAAGAUGGGACAUGGCUCUCAGUACCACCUGAUCCCUACUCCUUUUUCAUCAAUGUUGGUGACUCCUUGCAGGCGAUGAGUAACGGAAGGUUUAGGAGUGUACGGCACAGAGUGGUGGCAGAUAGUUUGAAAGCCAGGGUGUCGAUGGUUUACUUUGGAGGGCCACCAUUAAGUGAAAAGAUAGCACCAUUAUCAUGUUUAAUGAAGGAACCUAAUGAGAAAAUUCUCUACAAUGAGUUCACAUGGUCUGAAUACAAGAUGUCAGCUUACAAGACAAGGCUUAGUGAUAAUAGGUUGUCCCUCUUUGAAAAACAAACACACACUGCCCAAUGAUGACAAUAUAGGGUUAAAUUUAACCCAAUUUAGGAAAUUGUACUUAGGAAUUUGACACCACUUCCCUUACUUGGAAAUAAAAAAGAAAAGGAUCGAACCCAAAACUUUAAAAUUGAAGACAGAGGAUGUUUUCGAUCUGAUCAGCAAACCCUAUUAUCGAAUAGUUUUUUGUUUGUUUGAGGUGUUUUUUUAGGUUUGUGGCUUUAUGUCAUCACCAGCUUUUACUUUUUGUGCUUAGUUUGUAACAACUACCCUUGUGAUAUAAAUGCAAUGUUAUCAUCAUUAUGUC